AUGGCGGCCAACUACUACUUCGACUCUCCCUGCUUGGCCAAGCGGUUUUUCUACCCCGCCGACGUCCGAGAGGCUGUAAGAGAGGACGGAACGUCCUACUUUACCCUGGUGGACUGCUGGCACCCGCCGGGGGGUUCAAUCACGGGCAUCGAGAGGUGCUACGACGUCUACGAGACCGACUUCCCCUCAGAGGGAAAUUACCGGAGACCUGGAAAACCUUUCCUCGAGGGCCACGUGUCUACUACCAAGGACCGGGCGUCUGCAUCGACCGGAGGCAACCACGACAGGCGAAACAAAAGGCGCUCCUUGGAAGGGGACGAGGGGGGGAUAGAGGAGGUGGAGGGCUUGGAGGGAGAAGGCCAGGAGGAUGAGAAGGAGGUGGACGGGUUAGAGGAGGAGGAGGGCGAUGAGGGCGAGGAGGGCGAGGAGGGCGAGGAGGGCGAGGAGGAGGAGGAAGGGUUGGAGGAGGAGGAGGAGGAGGGGGGGGGGGGGGUGAAAAAGGGGGAAAAGGAGGGGGAGGAGGGGGAAACGACCAAGGCUAAUCAAACAACGUCAGUGCACGUGCGCAUGACGUCUGCCGCGGACGACCAACACUGGCUCAGGAGAGCCUUGAGGGAUUACAACGAGACGAGAGCGUCCGAUGUCGUCGUGGUCAACUUCGGCGCCCACUACCGCAGCACCCCUGAGGGCGAGGAGAGUUUCAAGCGAGACGUGUCCUCUAUCCUAGAUGAUAUGGCCGAGAUCGGUGAAACCGCCACCGUCGUUUGGAGGGAGAUAGCACCCACUCACUUCCCCGCCGAAAACGGCACGUACGAGGCUUUCGUCGAGCUAGACCUUGGCAACACCGCCUGCUGCACUGGAACGCCGGUUAAGGUUUUGGACAGAAAUGCGUGGGUGGAGGACUACCUGCGAGAGAACGGGCUCUCGGACAGGGUGAAGCUGCUGCGCAUUUACGACAUGUCCGUCUCACGGGGUGCCGCACACCACACGUGCCACCUCGCCCCGCCGUCUACCAUGGACCAGACGGGAGCGGAAAGCGGCAACUGUCACUCCUCCUACGCUACUGACUGCAGGCACUGGUCGGAAACUGGCGUUGUAGAAGAGUGGAACGCGCUACUGCUCAACCAAUUAUGCCCGAUGGAAUAAUAGCGGGGUUGCAUUUUUCAAGUCAAGUGCGCCUGCCUGGCAGUGUGGAGUUUUGCUUUUUCCUGCCGCAAUGACUUCAGGGAAAGUUUUGCUUGUUCACUCUCGCGCAGAGUUCAGCACGAACACUUUGUAUGCUUGAGUUUCCGUGUAUUGUUUCGGAAUGCAAGCAUUC